AGCACUUCAACGGUUCACAGUGGGCUGGCUGCGCUCAGCGCUCGGGAGAACGACGAUUACAUUGGAGCUAAAAGAAGAAAGGUGGUUUGUCGUGUUGUCCAGGCCUGCACAAUUCUCCGCCCGGAGAUUGUAUUGGACCUAUACAUAACGUUAUAGGAAAAGAUGAAACAAAGUUUCCAUCAAAUCGCUGUCAGACUGCCGUUAUAAACAUGAAUUCAAACCAAGAAGAACAAAGAGAGAAGCUGAUGGAGAUGUUUCCGUUUUUUCUGUGGAUAACUAUGUUCAUCUAUCUCAGAGAGCACUUUUAAAGUUUUACCACCACCUUAUCUGAGAGCUGAAAAGUGGAAGUCAGAGGAAACAUGACCAACCUGCUGCAAAACAAUAACACAAAAGGUCUGAACUCUGGAGUGCAGGAUUACUUGUUUGGUAAUCAACAUUCAGAUGAAAACACCACACUCCUCUCUAAUUCAAGAUGUCAAGCCUACUCAUCCCAAAGAGAGUUAGCAUCAAAAUGGAUGUGUCACUGACCAGUAACACAGAGAUGCCAGAAGUAUCUGUUUGCUGUCUACUUUUUGUUUAUGAAGUGUGAGCCUUUACCACGAUGUGGAGGAGGAGCCUUCAAAUGUGAGGGGGAGUGAGGGAGGGAACGCAUUGAGAAACAGAGAAGCGGAAUGAGAGGAGAUGAAGGCUGUUCAAGUACUGUUACAUUCUGCAAGCACCUCUAGCUUGCCUGGACACCAGAAGCUUCCCAGUAUUACAAUGAAUCUAAACUGUGGAUAUACUGCCAUUGUUCAUCCCAUAAACUGCCUGAUCAAUAAUUGAAGAGGAGAAAUCGAUGCUGACCGUUUCUGAGCAACACCUAUUGGGACAUACUGUGAGAUUAACCGCUGGUCUGAUCCUCCUGAUAUUUGCUCUCAGUGUGAGUCUAGCAAUGUGGCUUUUCAGAAGAGCUUUUAUAUCUCAUCAUGCUGCGAUUCAGAUUCUGGAAAUAUAUGGCUCUUCACGUCUUAAAAUGUCAGAUCACGAGGACCUGAAUAAAGCCAUGGGACACUGGAAUGCCUCUGAGAGCUACCAGCUCAACCCAGCCAGUGUUAUUGUAUCUGUGGUCUUUUCGCUCAUCUUCCUUCUGGGGACCAUUGGGAAUAGUCUGGUACUGGCUGUGCUCCUCAGAAGUGGGCAGGUUGGGUACAACACCACCAAUCUGUUCAUCCUCAACCUCAGCGUAGCCGAUUUCUUCUUCAUCAUCUUCUGUGUGCCUUUCCAAGCAACCAUCUACUCUCUGGAGGGUUGGGUUUUUGGGUCCUUCAUGUGCAAGGUGGUUCACUUCUUCAUCAACCUCACCAUGUACGCUAGCAGUUUCACUCUGGCCGCAGUGUCUGUGGACAGGUAUCUGGCCAUCCGUUACCCACUGCGCUCCAGAGAAUUGAGAACGCCGAUGAACGCCGUAGUCGCGAUGGUGGUCAUCUGGGGCCUGUCGCUUGUUUUCGCCGGGCCUUAUUUGAGUUACUACGACCUGAUUGAUUUCGAAAACAGCAAUGUGUGCGUGCCUGGAUGGGAGGAGCAUAACCGUAAGGUUCUGGAUACCUGCACCUUUGUUUUUGGCUAUGUUAUUCCCGUGCUCAUCGUGAGCCUGUCCUACACACGCACCAUCAAGUACCUCUGGACCGCGGUGGAUCCUCUCGAUGGGAUGUCGGAGUCGAAACGAGCCAAGCGCAAGGUCACCAAGAUGAUCAUCAUAGUCACGGUGCUCUUUUGCAUCUGUUGGCUACCGUACCAUGUGGUUAUUUUGUGCUACCUCUACGGAGACUUUCCCUUCAAUCAGACCACCUACGCAUUCAGGCUGCUGUCCCACUGCAUGGCCUACGCCAACUCUUGCCUCAACCCUAUCGUUUACGCCCUGGUUUCCAAACACUUUCGCAAGGGCUUCAAGAAGGUGUUCAGCUGCAUCCUCAGCAAAAAGGGACGCAAUAAGGUGCACGUGGUCCAUGUGGCCAACACCGUCCCUGGCUUCGAAGCAGGAUCCACUGAAGUGUCCCAAAUGAACGAAGAGAACGCCAGACAGAACGAGAACGAAAUGGUCAACCGCCCACUCGCAGAGCCGCAGGAUGCCACUAUGACUAUAACGUUACCCUUCCAGAAUCAGCCAUGAAAAUAAAGCGCACGGCUAAUGAUGCCUUAGAAGCCUUAUUAAAAAACUCAAACCGAGCCGGAGGAUUUCAGCUGCUUUGAUCGACAUCACCAUGGUUUUGCAUUGACUGAAUGAGCACAGCGGAGUCCGUAGUUAUUUAAGAUUCAAAUCGCAGAGCAAAUUGAAAACGUACAUUCAAUUUGGUUCUCGUACAAAUGCAUCUUUGUGUUCUGCUUAGUUGUUUUGGUUCCAGUGCUAAAUUAUGUCUUAUUUACGAACUCCUCUUUCUUUUUCAGCAGCAAUGUCUGUUUGUUUUCUAUUGAUGUGUUACCCUCUGAGCAUGUUUCAAUUUAAUGCUGUGAUGACUAUUCUCCUGUGAAAAUUUGUUACCAAUUAUUGUGCGUAAUACACUUUAAUAUCUGAAGAGCCCUGUGUCUUUAUGUGAGCAAAGCUGUGAUUUCCUACUGUGCUUGAAGCUUUGAAGAGGACUCUUUGAUUAUGCUCCUCAGCUUCGCUUAACAAGCUCUUUAAAAAAAAAUAUGCUUACGUUAAGCACUGUAUGUCCUUGCUUUUACCUCUGUUUCUAUACUCUGAUAUUCUCUUCUGUUUUAGAAAGUCUUGAGAUUAUUUAAUUGGUGAGUUUUAUAUCAAUUACUACAUUGCAAAAGCCCUAAAAACAGGGUUAUACUGAAAAUCUCAGAUUACAGACAACCAACAGUUUAGUACGUAUGGUUCUUGUGCUGUCCUAAAGGAAUAUUCUGGACAAGUUAAGCUCAAACAACAGCAAUGGUGAUAUAAUGUUAAAAAAAGAUAUUUUGAACAAUUCCUCCUGGGUUACAGUGAGGGACCCACAAUUGAAGUAAAUGGAGCCAAUAAUGGGGCGUAAAUGUUAAAAUAAUCACUGUGUCAAUAGUACAGCCACAAGGCAUUUUCUAAAUUAUUUUAGUGUGGUGGAAAUGCUUUCUAACCUUUUCUGUGUAAAGUUGUGACAGUUUUUUCAACAUGACAACAUCUAAAACAACCAUAAAAUGAAAGCAAAAAUGAACCGUAAAAUGAUGAUUUGAACUUUAUAGUUCAAAUAACACAGACAUUUUAACAAAAUUGUAAUGCUUAUAUUAAGUUAUAAAUGUAACAUUUGAGCUGUUAAAGCCUCAAAAACUGGCCAUUCAAUUUGGACAUUUGGAAAUGUCUCACCAUAAUCUUGUUUUUGCUUUUUCUUAAAAGAGAGAGAGAGUGAGAGAGAGAGAAGAGAGCGAGAGAGAAGAGAAGAGAAAGAUAUACGACAAAAUUGUUUUGUGAUAAUCAAAACAAAUACUGCAGACUGAGCUUAGCUUGUACAGAACCUGAAAUAUUUCUUUAUCUGUGUUCAGUUCAUUCAUUAUGUAUAAUGUACUGUAGCUAUACAGCAAGUGCUAUGUUGGAAGUUUUGAAUUUGAUGUUGACAGUGAAUUUCAAUAAAA